AUGAAUAUGAUGGGAUUGGCCGUGGAACAAACAGUUCCCGAUCAACUGGAUUACGACAUUUCCUAUGAGCUCCCAUCUAAUGCCGACGUCGGUGGCGAUGGCGUUGAACUUGACGUUGGAGUGGCCACCACAACCGGCCAAGAUAAUGCAGUCGUUGAAAACGAGCACGCCAUUGACCUGGACGCUUCGAGUUCUGCCAUUGACGACGGCCAAAGGGAUGCGGAACCUCAGCCCAAGAGCAACCCGUCGGAGACUGAAGUUUCUCAGGAGGAUGUUUAUCUGACCGUCAGUCAAGACUAUCAAGAUGAGAUCGGAUAUGAAGAGGAAUAUGUUGAAGUCGCGGACGUCCAUCUCGAUGUUGUCUCUACAGAUGCCGCUGUAGCGGACGCUGCGUCCUUAGAGGAUCAUGUCCAGGCUGCUCAGCCGACACAAGAGUUCGAUGGAGGGCGUAAUGAAGAUCAUCACCAGUCCUAUGACGAAGAUCAUGAAGAGUACUAUGAAGAGAAAGAAGAGCACUAUGAAUUAGCUGAUGAGGAGAGCUGCCAGGAGAAUCAAGCAGCAGGCGAAACCCGUAAUCCUGAGGAUCAUGACGAGAUUGCCGAAGCACAAGAGCACUCUGACGAUACCGAGAAGGAAAACGCGGGUGCUUGUCCAGAUGAUGACGAUGAGCCGGCUGGCGUCCACGAGAAGAGGCACUACAGUAUUGAUGAUAUUGAUAAGGCCAUGGAAGACCUUGCCGAAUCUAUUGCUGAGCUGCCGGACAUUGAAGUUAUCUACAACGACGCCUGCUACUCGUUGUUUGGCCACCCUGAUGACGACCCAGAAACCUAUUUCCUGUCCGAUCCUAAGGAGCUGGAUCUGCCUCUGUCAGAGUUCCUUGCCGCGCUUCGCACUGUCAUUUCCAACGAGAUUUCUGUAACCGAUGAGGUUGUCAUAGGUUUUGAGCCUCUGGGUCUUGAGUUCGGCGAGCGGUCCAACGAAAAGUUCCUCCAGCGUACCUUCCGCGAGAUUCUGGAUUGCCACCGUGCCCUUGUAUCCAAGGAUCCGUCUAUCUCUUCAGAGCCUGUCAUCUACUUGAUGGUGCGGAGGGACAGUGAGGAGCAUUUUGUUGAGCUGCUUGCUGAUGCUGGGCUCCUUGAAUACUCAGAUCAAGACUCGUCAAUGAGUCCUGAAGAAGCCGUGACCGCCGAGCUCUCGGCCGUUGAACAGUCUGAGCAGGAGUCUCCGGAGAGCGAGUAUCCCGAGGAGCGCGAUGAGACUCAUUGUCAAGCUACUGCUGGGAAUGACCGGACAGACAUGCGUCAUAUGAAGACUCAUGAUGAGUCCAAAGUGCCUGCCGCUCCAGCUAAAGAAACGGAAGCCCACGAAGCUGAUUACAAGAUUCAUGACUACGUUGAGGCCCCGGAAGCUCCCACUAAGCCUGCAAAGGAUUCCUAUGAAACUGAAACCGCAGCAGGCGACGAGCAAGAGUACCUUGAGGAGCAGUAUCCUGAACAUGGAGGGGAAGAGGAGUGUGAGGAGCGUGAAGAAUACGAGGAGCAUGAGGAGCAUGAGGGGCAAGACCCUGAGGAGAUUGUGGGGAAUGAAGAUCGUCAGGCUCACGAGUGGCACGAAGAGGUGAAAGGUGAAGCUGAGCACAAUAUGCCACCCCACGAUGAUACCGCCCUUUCAACAGACCAUGAACAGCAACAGCCGCCUGAAAUGGAAACCGCUCAUGAAGAGGCCGACGAUGCACAUGAUCGGUAUGCUGAACUCGAAGCAGCAGAUCACAAUGCUGUGCAUGAUGAGCUUGGUCAGUACGACCAGCAACUAGGACCAAAUGGUAAAGAGGACCCUGCUUUCCUUGACCCCUUAUCUGAUCUGGACGGUGACUGGGACACCGACUAUGCCGAUGACUGCACCGAUAUCCCUUCUAGCCCCUCACAGGAAGAUAAAGUUGGACAGAAUGUUACGGCAUCUGUCCAAACAGGAGUGGCGGACCGGAAGCCCGAGCUGCCGCUCAUUGAAACCGAUGUGGACUCUAGCGAGCCCCAUCACUAUUUUCUUCCCAAUAUGGUGUUCAACAAUCAGCCGUGGCCGGCACAGAGACCAGUGGGUAGGCUGAGUUAUUUAAGGCUGGCAAGCCGCCGCUCUCACAGCCGGUGCGACUCUCUCGAGUCCGGCUCGUCGGUGUUGUCGAAUAUGAGUGAAAUCAGCAUGGCCUUAUCCAGGGACACAGAUGCUAACAGAUCUGCCUUCGAAGCCGAUGAUAUCGAACUUGCUGUCGAUGAAGAGCCCAUGCUGUCUGUAAUUCAGGAAGAGUACGAGCAUGAACAGCAUAGCAGUGUCUACGAGGCAGCGGUCAACGCAGAAAAUUACCAACAGAACACAGCGCGGCACCAUCCUUUCGAUCAGCAUGGGGAGCAACCUGCUGCCGCUAUGGAGGAUAUCUCUGUUUCAACUAGCACAACCCUCGACGAUGAUCAAAUCGGCUAUGAAGACGAAGCGGCUGAAGAGUCUCGCAAGCCUGAAGAAGACGCGUCUGCUCACCAAUUGGCAGACGACAAUGAUGAAGAGCCGCAUGGUGAAAUUGAUUGGGAGAACGAUAGUGAAGAAGACGAAGAUGAGGAGGAACAAGUAGAGGGCACAGAUGAAGCCGUCGGAUACGAUGCUAAGGGGGUUGACUUGACUCCCGGAAGCUUCGCCGGUAAACGCCAGAGAGCUAACGAAGAAGAGGGUCUGGCCGACGAGACCGGUAUGCCUGCGAGCCCUCCCCUGAAGCGGGCGCGCCAGUACUGA